CAUGGCGGCAGUGGCGGCACGUCGCUUGCUCGGCGUUGUUUGUGACAUCGCACGUCGUCGGCUCCGCGCCCGUGGGAGCUCGUGAACCGCGUUCGCGGGGUGUAUCGUGCGCGCGACGUCCCCGUCGCUCGUGAAACGACGCGACGCCGCGCGACGACGCCGGCGAGACGAGGUGACGUCUUCGCUCCCGUCGUGUUGCUGCCAGUGUCGCCCGCGGUCGGUUCACUCCCAAGUUACUCUGCCGUCCCGUUUUCGUGGCUCAUCAUGCGACGGGUGACCCGCGCGACGUCCCACUGCGUGGGAAAUCGCGCCGUCGGCGCCGCGAGAGGAAAACGGAAGAAUGGAAUAAUAAAAAAUGGCGCAAAGACUUUAGCAAGCAACGAUGCAAGUUUACUGAAAAAUGAAAACAAACUGGGUACCACCGAACAAGUGACAAAUAAAUUUGACAAAACGCAAUCGGUACUAGAAACAUGCAAAUCUUCUAUACAAAAAGUUUACUCUUAUAAUCAAGAUUCAAAUGAAGUUACGAAAGGGAAAAGUCCGCUUACCCAUCAUCUUUUCGAUAAUGCGCAAACUGUUUCGACUUGUGUUCAAGUGAAGGAGGAGAUUACCCCUUAUGUAGAACAAUUCAAAACCGACGAAAUUGAUUUUCCAGAGACACCAGUAGCUGUUCCAGUUCACACGCCUUCUACGCCACAUAGAAUAAAGAUGCCAUCGGAAGAUUUAGAUGACGGAGCUACAAUUACUACUAAGGAAAAGCAAUCUGUGAUUACAUUACUUAGUCCGCUACAUGUGAAAAAGCCGGCUCCACGCGGACGUAAAAAAGGAACUUCCAAUCAGUCCCUCGGCCAUCGCCUGUCAAAGCCGUCGGGCGUCGCGACAAAUCACUCGAUUACCGACUACUUUCCGGUACGUCGUAGUGUACGAAAGAGCAAGAAGAUUGUGUUAGAGGAGAAGCAGCGUGAUCUAGAAAAUAAGGUGCUCUGCCAAGUGGAGGAUGGUUUAGAGGUCAAAAACUUUUCGGGUAAAGGUCGCGGUGUUAUAACGACACGAGAAUUUGCCAAAGGCGAGUUUGUAGUGGAAUACAUUGGCGAACUGAUCAACCAGGUGGAGGCGAAGGAGCGUGAGGAGAUGUACGCGCAAGAUCAAAAUACCGGAUGCUACAUGUAUUACUUUCAACAUCGUAAUCAGCAGUAUUGUGUUGAUGCAACUGCGGAGACGAAAAAACUUGGCAGGUUGGUGAAUCACUCGAGAACCGGCAAUUUAAUCGCGCGGAUCGUCGAGGUUAACUCAAGACCGCAUCUGGUACUUACGGCGAAGGAGGACAUACCGAUCGGCGUGGAGAUAUCGUAUGAUUACGGUGACCGAAGUCGCGAGUCCAUUCGUCACCAUCCAUGGCUGGCGUUAUAACACUUCCAAUUAGAAUUGAGAUAGAUCUUCUGUACAAUCGCGUUACAUUGUACAAAAGAUUUAUUUCAAUUUACGUUCCUCCUAUGAAGGAACUUAUAUAGCAAGUGUUGAAUUUUUAUCUGUACAAAUUGUUUUUACAGGCGAGGCGCGGUGUACUCGGCGAUUAAACACGCGCCUUUGCGAAACGCUUCUACGAAAGCCGGGAUCAGAUGAGGCACAUACCAACAUGGCACAUGAGAUUUAUCGAUAUUUAAAUUGCGUAAUCGUGCAGACAAAUCUCGUAGCAUGUGCCUCAUCCAAUCCCGAAUGUGGUAUUUAUUGACAGCGAUUGAGCUGGGACUUUCUAUAUAUAUAUAUUAGAUCAAGAGUUCCUAGUUGAAGCGAUUGUGAUACGUAGCUACGAAAGAACGACGUAUCUCUCUUACCUUCCCCCAAGAAAUACAUGUACAUAUAUAUGUAAUCAUAACAGUGUGACUCUAUUGACGAAAAGGAUCUUUUUGUUUCAAGUAUUUGUGCAACAUAAUAGCUUUGAGUGCUUCACUGCCACAUAGAUGCGAGAACUUGGUUUCUCGAAAGACAAUUGUAUAUAGUCUAUACAAAUGACAUGUGCGAACUAUAUUCCUCGAUUGCUAAUAUAUCUUCCUUGAAAUAACUGCACUAAGAAAGAAAAGUAGAGAAAUAAUCAUUACAUUCUCACCUUCAUUUUGUUAUCAACUAUUUAUAGCACGCACGCACACACACAUACACACACACACACACAUAUACACACGAAUUACGCAUAAUAAUUUAACAUUAUAUCGUUCACGUACUUUUACAUUGCCGUUAGUUUGUUUUGUUAUUAUGCAAACCUACUUUGUAAUUUACAAUUAAUGUUCAGUUUUUUUUAAGAAUAAUUAAGCCUAAUCUGCCGAUCUUCCCCCAUUCCUUUUUUUCGAACCUUCGAGUUUAAAGAGAAUAAUUCUAAAAUAGGCAUAUAUACAUAAUAUAUACAGAGGGGUAACAAUUUUUAAUAAACAUUUUUUAUGCUAUAGAUGAAUUUUACAUCUGUUGAUCAUGUUUACUGCACAUCUUUUGUUGCACGCAAGAAAUUUUUGUAGCUUCGCACAUUAUAUACGAAAUAUAUACACGAUUUAUUUAAAGUUGCAAAAUUUGUCAAAUAUUCUAUUUUCUCUCCAAGAUUUGUCAUUUAUUGUAAGCAACUUGUUUUUUUUUAUAUAUAUAAUUUUCGCGAAAAACGAUUGUUAAUUAAAAUGUACUUUGUCGUAGCAAUAUAGCUGAUAUCUUUAUUCUGAUUGUAAAUAAAAGAAUUGCAAACGA